GUGGAUGCGCAAGCAGAGCUCGUCCGCGCAGUGAAGCGCUUCGAGCAGGGCUUCAUAAGCAAGCCUGCGUGCAUCUCUCCGAGCAUGACGCACGGGGAGCUGAUGAAGCUUCAGGAAACAUGUGGCUUUUCCGGCUUCCCCGUGACGGAGGAUGGCAAGCUGAAGUCAAAGCUUCUCGGCCUCGUCACCCGCCGCGAUGCCGAGUUUGUGUACCACAACUCCGUGGUGGUGUCGGAGUUCAUGACUCCCGCAGAGAAGCUGCGGACUGCCAAGGAAGGUAUCGGCUUGAAGGAAGCCAACGAAGUCCUCUGCUCGUCGAAGAAGGGAAAGCUCCCGAUCCUGAAUGGCAAAGGGGAGCUGGUUGCCUUGCUCUCGCGCACGGAUCUCCUCAAGAAUCAGGAUUUUCCGGAUGCUACCAAGGAUGAAAACAAGAGCCUUCGGGUGGCUGCCGCAGUGAUGGUUCUCGAUGAGAGGCGGAAAGAGCGAGUAGAUGCGCUUGUUGCCGCCGGGGCGGACGUGAUCGCUUUUGACAACCGGCAGGGCGACAACGAGGACCAGCUGGAGAUCAUUAGGUGGACCAAGCAGAAGUACCCAAAGAUGCAGGUGAUUGGAGGGAACGUCGUUACGCGACGACAAGCCAAACACUUGUUGGACUGCGGCGUGGACGCUCUGCGGGUGGGCAUGGGUAUCAGCUCGAUCUCGACGGCUCAUAAAGAUCGUGGCUGCGGUCGAGCACAGGCCAGCGCCGUGUACAACGUUGCCAGCAUUGCCAGAGCUUACGACGUCCCUGUCAUUGCCGAUGGGGGGAUCAGCAGCCCGGGCCACAUCGUCAAAGCACUUUCACUGGGAGCAGAGACGGUGAUGUGCGGCAGCCUCCUUGCCGGAACCGAGGAGGCACCAGGUGAGUACUUCUACGCCGACUCCGGCGCGCGUCUGAAG